GCCCAAUUGUGAUUCUGAUAAAUGCGAGCACAAAUACAGGCGGCGGUCGUGCCCCUCGGACGAACCCUGCGAAUCCGGUUGUGUUUGUAAAAACGAUUUUCUUAGGGUUGACAAUGGCACCUGUGUCGAUGCAAGAGAUUGUGAAUCCCAGCUUUGUUCAGUAAAUGAACAGUAUUUAAGUUGCAUCCAAGCUGCUUGUCGGUUCGAGAAGUGUUCAGACCUGGGGGGAUCCCUCAGUUGCAAGGGGGUGCCGGAAAGGGAAUGCGUCGGUGGCUGCGUCUGUAAGGACAACUACUUGCGAGCUAAAAACGACACUUGUAUUAAACUCAGUGAUUGUGACGCUGACCUCUGCUCUGAAAAUGAAAUACACGUGAACUGUGUCCUAGCACAGCGUGGCCCAAUGACGUGCUCAGAGAAGGACUUACUUAUGCCCUACCCAUUUGUGAGGCAAGAGUACUGCAAAGCCGGAUGCGUGUGUAAAGAGGGAUAUCUGAAAGACGAUAGCGGUAAAUGUGUCGCCCGAGAAAACUGCCCAAAUUCUGACCUCUGCUCUGAAAAUGAAAUACACGUGAACUGUGUCCUAGCACAGUGUGGCCCAAUGACGUGCUCAGAGAAGGACUUACCUAUGCCCUGCCCAUUGGUGAGGCGAGAGUACUGCAAAGCCGGAUGCGUGUGUAAAGAGGGAUAUCUGAAAGACGAUAGCGGUAAAUGUGUCGCCCGAGAAAACUGCCCAAAUUUACCGAGUUGCACACGGCCCCACGAGAAACAUGCAUUCGUGAUGGAUUGUCCACCCGAACGGUCGUGCAAAAACAGAGGGAUCAAGUUCAGUUGUCUCGCCGACCAGAAACGUGAACAGAAAUGCGUUUGUGACGAAGGUUACGUACGGAACGAAAGUAACGAAUGUAUAGAAGAGGAAAACUGUGAUAAAUGCUCUGAACCGAAUGAGGAAUACACAGAUUGCAAGAGAACAUGUCCUCCAGAGUUGUGCAUUUCCAUUGUUGCGAAAUUCAAUUGUAAAUCUGACGAACCAUGUGAAGCGGGAUGCGCUUGCAAGCCCGGCUACUACAGACAACAGAACAACACGUCGUGCAUACCAGCGUGUCAGUGUCAAGAAAUGGCGGGAACUCCGGAGUGCCGUGCGACCAUUGACCAAUGAUAUAUCCGUACCAUACCCAUAAGACGCGUCCUUAGAAAGAAAAGUGGUUUUUGCCAUAGCCAAUCAAUUUUGUUUCUGCAUAUUAAAGAAAGAGAAUUAAUGUAUUUUACUUGGUAUGUAAAGCAAAUAAAUAUCUAAACGCGUG